AAUUUUAUGUCAGCUGUUUUCUGGCAUUGUGGGAGAUGUUAAUCCUAUUUCAUUCUCAGCUGUUCAAUGUUUAGCCAGUGAUAGGAAAGUAGUUGAGUGGAGAGUGCUGUACAAUACUCAGUUGGUUAACUAUGUCAGAAACUCAGCCAUCUCCUUCAAGUAGCGAAAUUUCUUCUCAAAACAUCGAUAGUAUCGAAAAACAUGAAGAAUUUGCAGAGCCCGAGUCAAAAAGGCGUAAAGUUUCAACCAAACUGGGAGAUGAAAAGAAGUAUAAGUUGGAGGAUAGAUUGGGAGGAAUUUUGUGCUGCGCAGUAUGUCUAGACCUACCCCGAGCUGCCGUAUAUCAGUGCAGCAAUGGUCACUUAAUGUGUGCCGGAUGCUUCACUCAUAUUUUGGCCGAUGCGAGACUCCGCGAGGAGACAGCCACUUGCCCGAGCUGUCGCGUGGAGAUUAGCAAAACUACGGCCACCAGAAAUCUGGCCGUCGAAAAUGCCGUAUCCGAAUUGCCGGCCGAGUGCCAGUUUUGCAACAAGCAAUUCCCCAGGAACUCUCUAACCAGACACGAAGAGACGGAAUGUGAAGAAAGAAUUUCAGGUUGUAAAUAUAGCCGCAUAGGUUGUCCUUGGAGAGGCCCGAUGCACGAGAGGUCCGAACAUGAAAACGAGUGUGUCCAUCCUAACCGUUCCGGACGAGAUGUAAUGGAAACCCUGAAAGUAAUAGACCAACAGAUGAUUGAAGAACGCAAACUCUACGAUAGUAUUUUUGAUUUGUUGGGAUAUGACAGAAUUGCUUUCAGUGAGCUGCAGCUGAAGCCAUACCGUACGGACGAAUUUGUUCACCGUUUAUUUUACGAGUCAUCUAGAUUUUCCGCUUUCAAUUGUCAAUGGGUUGUCAAAGCUAGAAUAAAUAACAACCAGAAAGAUCCCACACAAAGUUCCGAAAGGGAUAUGUCUUACCAGUUGAUUCUAAAGUCAAAAUCUGCCACUCCAUUGAGUCUCAGUUACAUAGUUUUAAGAGGCCCAGUAGGAGACAUAAAUCUGAAGCCAAGAAUAUAUGAAUUUGAAUUCACGGAGCAGAAUAACGAGAGUCCCUAUGUAAAGCUUCCUCUACCAGACACCCCAGAAUGUAACCGUCUCCUUGCUGCUACUACAAUAAAUUUUAGGUUGAUAAUGUUCUCCAAGUGAAUAUUUUUACUGUAAUAUUUUAGCUAUGUAAUGAUUUUUUACAUACCUUGAUUUAAACUGUUUACAAUAAAUUUUUGUGUAUCCCUAACAUUAGGGAUGUUUCCAGGCAACUCCUUA